UUGAGCUGUUCUGAAGAAAGAAAUUCUGCAAUGAUGAAGGUGAUUGUGCUUUUGAUGCUGGCUGCUUCCAGUUAUGCCCAACUGCAGUUCGAUAUACCUAUGGCCACAACGAGACUUGGAGAUGAUGGAACUUCGUCGAUUACUCAGUACCAUAGAGACGACAACCAAGGCAACUACGACUUCGGCUACAACGAGGGACACAACGAAGGCGGCACUUUCAGGCGGGAGAGGGGAGACGCAUCAGGCCGCAAGGUGGGCACCUAUGGCUACACGAACAACGAGGGCCUGAUUCGAAUCGUCAACUACGUCGCAGACGAGAACGGAUUCCGUGCAGAACUGAAAUCCACCGAACCCGGAGUGGACGAGAAAGAGCCAGCCUCGGUCAUCGUCUUCAAGGAGGACACCCCCACCCUGAUGACUUACCCCGGCCCGGAGGCCGCAUCUGUCCCCGAUGCCAACGGCAACAUCCCCGGAAUGCCACCUACUCAGCCACAAUACGCAGCUCCAAUGCAGUAUUCUAAUGUUCCUUAUGCAGCAGCGUCUUCAGCUCCAAUUCCUUACGCUAUGCCAGUCGCCAGUAAUGUCCAGCAACCUGGUAUGGUCAGAGUGAUGGUCAAUGCGCCGUUCGGUGGAUAUUCUUAUUCGUACUAAGUGUGGGUCUUUCAAAAACUGUAUUUAAUAAAA